GCAGGGCGUUUGUUUAUAAAUGUUCGCUAGUGACAAGUGAUUCCUGUUCCAUGAAAUGGAUGGGCAUCCUGGCACUAUCCACCAAAAGAGGAGAGCACAAAAACAAAGCCAUAAACUAAGAGCUAGUGGGAAAAAAGAAGAAGACACUCACUCUCAUGUCGUAGUCCUUGCAGCUUUGAGUUGUGCUACCGCUGAGCUUGCUAAUCCACAGGCUGGGAUUUGGAAUCCACCUUUCCCUCAUCAUACUGUCCAGAUUUUGGGAGAAUGUAGCCAAUUAUGAAGCUCCGGGAACUCGGAGGAGGAGGAGGAACAGCACCACCACCAAGAACAAGAAGAUCAAGACGAAGACGAAGAUGGUCACAAUGAUUUUGCUCUGGAAGCUGCUUUUGCUGCUGCUGCUGCUCGGAGGAUCCCAGGUAGCCUCGUCCACCAGCGUCCUGGAGGAGAUCGAGCAGCAUUUGAAGCGGAUAAACAGGCCACCCGUGAAGACGAUCGAGUCUCCCGACGGGGAUAUCAUCGACUGUAUACUCAUCCAGCAUCAACCCGCUUUCGAUCAUCCCGGACUCCGAGGAUCCACAGCCAAGGUAGCUCCAGAGUCGAGACCAGUGAGCCACCAACACCGGCUGCAAUCCUUGGAGCAGCGAAGCUUCCAGCUAUGGCAGCAGCACGGCAGAUGCCCCAGCGGCACCAUCCCGCAGAGAAGAACGACCACCAAAGACAUCCUUCGCUUCGGCGGCUCCGCUCGAAAGUAUGGCAGAAAAUCUCACCGCAGCGCCCACCACCGGAAGUUCAACUCGAGCUUCAUACCUCCGGGAGCAAACGGCGUAUCCAUGAGUCACGAGCAUGCCAUAGCUUACGUCCAAGGCGGUGAGUACUACGGAGCACGAGCAAGCAUCAACGUCUGGAACCCGGCCGUGGAAGGAAACUCCGAGUUUAGCCUCUCACAAGUGUGGAUCCUCAGCGGAUCCAUUGGCAACAGCAUCGAGGCCGGAUGGCAAGUGUUUCCAGGCAUGUAUGGCGACCAAUAUCCCCGGCUCUUCAUCUACUGGACGAGUGAUUCGUACCAAGCCACUGGCUGCUACAACCUUCUCUGCUCGGGCUUCGUCCAGACCAGCACCGAGAUCCUGAUCGGUGGUGCCAUUGCUCCCUCGUCUUCCUCGGAUGGCACGCAGUACGAUAUCAGCAUUCUCAUCUGGAAGGAUCCUCAAGAAGGUAACUGGUGGCUGGAAUACGGUGACCGGAUCGUUGGCUACUGGCCAGCAUUCCUGUUCACGGAGCUCGCUUCGUCCGCCAGCGUCGUCGAGUGGGGCGGCGAAGUCGUCAACACUCGUCCGCAAGGCAAGCACACCUCCACGAAGAUGGGAAGUGGCAUGUAUGCCGACGCCGGGUUUUCUCGAGCGAGCUACUUUCGAGACCUGCGAGUUGUCAACGAGCGCAACUCGCUGCAGCUCCCCAGCAACCUCCAGACUUACGCGGCGCAUCCAAACUGCUAUAAUAUCAUCCAGGGGAUCGACAAGAUGUGGGGGAGCUUCUUCUACUAUGGAGGUCCCGGAAACAGUCCAAACUGUCCCUGAUUAUGUUGUGAAGCAAAAGUGAGGAUAGAGAAACACAAAGAAACGAAGCGUACCUUUGAGCUUAUCCUCGAGGAGUUUUCUUAGCUUUCUCUCUGCGCAAAAGAGUUCCUCAGUAGCUUAAUGCUUAGCAAACUCUAGCCAGAGAAAAAAAAACAACUUACCUUGAGUUG